UUGUGACGUAGCUCCGUUUGAUAGGCGCAGUGCCCUGCCAAUCAGCUUCCUCUGUCUCCGAUUGGCUGACGCGCGCCCCACCCUGGGGGCGGAGGCACUGGGACCGGUCACCCGGCACCGAUCGCUUUGUUCCGCGGCGCUGUCACGCUCCUUGGCCAAUAGCCCCGGCCGGCCGAGCCGGGCAUGCGCAGUGCGGGCGUUCUCCGUGGCGCUUCCCCCGCCGUUGGUUCGGGCCGCGCCUGAGGGCGGCGGGCAGGGCGGCGCUGCGCUGAGGGCCUUUCGUGCUCCGGGGAGCCCGGCACAGCGUCCCCAGGAUGGACACGGGCAUGGGGACGGUCCGGAGGGGCCGAGGGACUGGUUUGGUUCAGCCUCGAGAGGGCGAUACUGAGGUCAGACCUCACGGGGGGCUGCAGCUCCUCCCGAGGGGCAGCUCCAAUCUCUGCUCUGGGACAGGGACAGCAGGCAGGGAACGGCUGGAGCUGGGCCAGGCCAGGCUCAGGCUGCACAGCAGGGCAAGGUUCUUCCCCCAGAGGCUGCUGGCACUGCCCAGGCUCCCCAGGGAAUGGGCACGGCCCCGAGGCUGCCAGAGCUCCAGGGAUGCCCAGGGUGGGAUGUUGGGGGGUCCGGGCAGGGCUGGGGGAUCCUGGGGGUCCCUUCCAGCUUGGGAUAUUCUGUGAUUCGGUGAAAAUCCCAUCAGAAUCACCCCGAAAGUUUCGCAGUAAAGGCAUGAAAAGCUGCUCCUGCUCUCGUAAUUUCUGAAGUGAGAGGCCAUGGGGUUAACGCUGCCCGGAGGGUUUUUGUGGGGUCUUCCCAUGACAAAGCGCAAGAGGAGCGGUCGGACCCCAGUCACGGCGAUAAUCCGGGCAUUGCUCGGAAAUCAGGUGCCAGAAGGGCCCGUGGGUUUGUCAUCUGUCAUCUGUCACUGCAACACGCCUGAUCCCGGCUGCAGGGGACAGGGGAAAGCAGCUCUGGCGGUGGGACAGCAGCGGGGUGCAGGACUCUCCCUGUGCCGUGCGGUGGAGCCGGGAUGUCCCGGCAGCAGGACUGGGGGCAGCCCCGGGUGGUCCCAUCCGGGUGGUCCCACGGCUGUCGUGAGCGAUUCCCGGCCGUUCUGUCCCAUCCCGUCCUCUUCGGGAGCAGCCCCACGGCCCCGUCCCGCGGCGGGCGUUCCAAGCAAGCCUUUGGUGCGGUUUCCUGUCCCUUUGGGAACAGCACGUCCUGCCCCGGCACCGCUACCCGGUCACGGUCAUUUCAGGAAAUGCAGACAGUAUUUUUCUUCGCCGGAUGACAUCACCAAGUUUUCCAUGCUGGUGUUCCCAGACCACUGCGGCUGUGCUGGGAAAAGGGCUGUUGCAGCGCAGUGUUGCAUGCCGAGGGAGUUGUGCCCAUGCCAUUCCCGGUGCCGACACAUGCAGGGAUGCACUUUUCCCGACUCCCUGACAGGGAACAAUCCCUCCCUGACGGUGCCUGAGCAGCACCUGGCCCCGAGCCCCCCACAGCCCUGUCCCGCCCUUCGCUUCGACCCGCUCCUCUCUGGCCCCGUCUUCGCACCCAGGCUCCCGGGAGAGUCACCUUGGGCACUGUGUCACUGCUGUGUCACUGCGCCCAGCUCUGACGGCGAGGAUUUCCCCGGCCCCGGUGAAUUCCCCGCGGUGAGAACGCGCCCGUCCCGUCCCCGCCCCGCCAAUGCAGCGGGCGGUAAAGCCCCGGAGCCCCCGCGCUGGAGCCGGGCUAGGGGGGCAGGCAGGCUGGGGACCCCGGCUGACAAAUCCUGCUGCUGUGACCUUUUGCCGAACAAGUUCCCCUGCGUAAAGCACCUCGCCGUGACCUCAAUGCGGGCUGCGCCGCGCCUUUCCCCCACGGCAUUUUUCCUGCCACCGGCGUCCUGCCGUGUCCGUCCUGCCGCCGCCCAUCCUUCCCCACAGCUGGCCUCCACCUGUCCCCCGAGCUGGAGCCACGGGACGCGAGGUGGCCAUGGCACUCUGUGCGCAGUCUCUGGAGAUACAGCCAGAACUUUUCGUUCACAUGGCAGCAGCAAACUCUUCUCCACCUGGUUCAUUGGAUCUAAACCAGCCUGGGUUUGCAAAGGAGAUCCUGGGAACUAAACUGGAGGUCAAAUACCUGUGCUCUGACUGCAAGAACAUCCUGAGGCGGCCCUUCCAGGCACAGUGUGGCCAUCGCUACUGCUCCUACUGCCUGAAGAAAAUCAUCAGUUCUGGACCUCAAAAGUGUGCCAGCUGUAUCCAGGAAGGAAUAUAUGAGGAAGGAAUUUCUAUUUUGGAAACAAGCUCGGCUUUCCCAGAUAACGCAGCACGACGGGAAGUGGAGAGUCUGCCUGCUGUCUGCAUCAACAGUGGCUGCACCUGGAAGGGAACCAUCAAAGAGUACGAGGCUCAUGAUGAAGUCUGCCCUGAAUUCCCGCUGACUUGUGAAGGCUGUGGGAAGAAGAUUCCCAGGGAGAAGUUUCGGGACCAUGUGAAGACGUGUGGCAGAUCCAAAGUACCUUGCCGUUUUGAGGCUGUGGGCUGUGCUGAGGUGGUGGAAAAUGAAAAGCUCCUGGAGCAUGAGAGGAAGUGCUUGACAGAGCAUCUCUAUAUGCUGCUGAGCUCUGUGCUCAGCCUCAAGACUGGUGCUGGGGACCCGAAACCUCUUCCUGUCCUUUCCUCAUCACAAAACAGCUCCCCACUGCUGGCAGCAAACUCACUGUGCUCAGAGUCAGAGCUCUCCCGGUCCCUGGAGCUCUUGGGAAGGUGUGAGGCCCUCGAGAGGAAAACAGUGACCUUUGAGAACAUUGUUUGUGUGCUCAACCGGGAGGUGGAGAGAGUAUCUCUGACAGUUGAAGCCUACAGCCGCCAGCACCGGCUGGACCAGGAGAAAAUCGAAACACUGAGCAACAAGGUCCGGCAGCUGGAGAGGAGCAUUGGGCUCAAAGACCUGGCCAUGGCUGAGAUGGAGGAGAAGAUCCGCAACAUGGAGGCUUCCACUUACGAUGGGGUUUUCAUCUGGAAGAUAACGGAGCUCGCCCGGAAGCGUCAGGAGGCGAUAACAGGCCGCUCUCCUGCCAUCUUCUCUCCAGCUUUCUACACCAGCAAGUACGGCUACAAGAUGUGUCUGCGCGUGUACCUGAACGGAGAUGGCACCGGCCGUGGGACCCACCUGUCCUUGUUUUUUGUGGUGAUGAAAGGACCCAAUGAUGCGCUGCUGCGGUGGCCCUUCAACCAGAAGGUCACCCUGAUGCUUCUGGACCAGAAUAACCGGGAGCACAUCAUCGACGCCUUCCGGCCGGACGUGACGUCCUCGUCCUUCCAGCGCCCCGUCACGGAGAUGAACAUCGCCAGCGGCUGCCCCCUCUUCUGCCCUGUGUCCGUCAUGGAAGCCAAGAACUCCUACGUGCGUGAUGAUGCCAUCUUUAUUAAAGCCAUCGUUGAUCUCACGGGCCUCUAACCCUUCUGACCUCGGAGCAGUGAGCAUGGAACCAGCACUGCCCAGGGCAUCUCCUGCUUGUGCUGCACUUCAGGCAGGUCUCAGAGCGAGAGGGGGCGGCGCACAGAGGGGAAAAGCCCUUCCUGCAAAGGGACCUUUGCUCUGAGUGGAAACGAGGUGUCUGAUGGGAGCCCUCUUUCCUGAGGAGAGGGUUGGGUGGACACUGGCAGGCUGUGGGAUAUGGAAGAUUCCCUGCAGGGACUUGGGUGUCUGAACUGCUGCUGUCUGGACUCCAGUGGAAACUGGAGAGAGCGCUUGCUCUACCAGUUUAGCCAGCAUCUGCAGCUCUCUGUAGUAAAACAGUGGUUUGCCCUGCCUGAGCUCCACCUCCUGUGGAUUUUGGCUCAGCUGUCUAGGAUUUCCUUCUGAUAUCUCUGUGUUCCUGGAAGUUAUAUGCUGUGAGGUGCUGAGUGUGGAAUGGGGCAGGAGGUGCUGCUGCCCAGGAGGGACUGUGGGGCAACAUCGGGGAUGCCCGUAGGGAGGGAGAAGUGAAUCUGCUGUGGAGAUUGUCCCUCCUGUGCCAGGAGAGGAGGGUGACACAGAGCUCAAUAUGCACCCUGAGAGCCCCAGACCCUGCCCCCCUCUGCCCUCUGUGUGCUGAGCAGUGCUGGGUGGGAUGGGUGCUGUGCUGGGAGCUGUCUUUGCUCAUAGGCAAAGGCACAGGCUCUCAACUGGCUUCGCUGCCAUGGUGGGAUAGCUCCACCAGCCUUUCCAGGGCUCUGCUGCUGUCGAGCUCCACGUCCAUCUGCAGCCACACUGCUGUGUCCAUCUGGGCACUGCCACCUCAGGCAAUGGGAUGUGUACUCUGCCCGUGCAGUGAGCACUGCUGGCCACUCCCUGCCCUCCCACAGGGCCUGCAGUCACCAGCAGCAGAUCUCCCUCACUGUUCCUCCCCAUCCCUGAGCUCAGGAGUCAUGGGCCAGGUGGCUCUUUCUCCACUCAGUGCCGUGUUGAACCUGCAGCCACCUGGGUUGGAUCUGGCUGGAACUGGAGAAGUGAAAUGUGCUGUCCCCUUUCUGUCCCUGGACUCCUUCCCUCUGGGCAGCAUAUGUUCAAUAACCAUGAGAAGGUCUCUCCUGUUGUUAGUGGGGAAGAACUGGCUGCCACAUCCCUGCAUAGUGCUCUCUGCAGCUUUGUUGUGGCUAUGGGUAGCUCUGGAUGGGCCCUGAUCCAGGGUGUACUCAAAGUUUUGUUGCCUCCUUCGCUUGGGCUUUCCACUCCCCUGUCAGGGGCUGAAUGUGCCCCAGGAGAUGUUUUGCUGGUGACAGGAACCAGCUGUGAACACCCUGCAAUGAUCAGGGGCCUGGGCUGGCUCCUGUGGUGCUCCUUGAGCAGUAGGGCUUGUCUCUGCAGGGUCUGGCUGUCCCCCACAUGCUGGCACUGCCCUGAUCUGCCCCUGGGGCUGUUUGGAAUGUCCCUGCUGCUGCCCAGGAACUCAGGGGUGCCCAGUGCCCUGCAGGCUGGCCUGGACCCUGGCCCAAGCUGAACCUCUUGUACCCACAGCUGCUGUGCUGGCCAGGGGCUCUCCAGACAGGUGCUGGGGUGACCUGUGAGCCCCCUCUGGAAUUGCUGCGUGGAGCUUCUCACAUCUGUGUGUGCAGGGCCUGGGGACAGACCCAGCCCCUGCUGUUGGGGCAGGGGUACAGAAGCUGGUGACAGCACAGCCUGACUGUGGGAGGGGGAUGACAGGACCCUUCCCUUUGGGCAAGCCGCCCCCCUUCCCCCUGCCAGCCUGUCCGAAGGGACAGAUCAUGCCCUGUGUUGCUGCUCUCACCCUGUGCCUUAUGAGGAAAAUCCAGGCUGGCAGAGUCCUGCUCCCAUCUACAGCAGCUCCCCAGGGACACUUGGGAAACAGAAGGGAGGGGAAGGUUGACUCUGUUCAUAGAAUCGCUGAGAACUAAGUUUUAUGUGGUCGGAAGCUUGUUCUGUGUUGAUCAGAAUGUCUGCUGCAGCAGGGCUGGGGGUUCUGGCCAUGUGGUGCCAGGAGGGACUAUGGAGAUGCUGGCUCAGCUGGGGGAUGGGGGCUGCUUUUGGGAUAGGAGCUGGUCCUCCUGCCCCAGCACAUGUUUGGAAGGUCGCUGGGAGAGUCGGUGCUGCAGCAAAGCUCAGGCUGAGCCCUUCAGGCCACAGGGUUACUGCUGUCAGCCCCUCCUGCUGACAGCUUUUUCCUCCUCACCCUUCUGGUGCUGCUGAUGCUCUCCAGGCCUUUUUUGGCUUUUAGCAGCUCUGGAGCUGGCAGCAGAAUUGUGCUUAUGUGCUGCAGGCAGGGGCCCAGCCCCUUCCUGAGCACAGCUCUGCCAGCCUGGCAGCCACACAGACAAGCACUGGACACGAGCCACCGCUGGAUUUUUGUGGGUUUUUUUCUCUUUUGACCACACCAUCUCAGCCUGGCACUGUGAACUAAGUUUUGUUUUCUUUGAGGGUGCAGUAUGGUCAGAACCACUAAUAAAAGCUGUUUGAACAGCAUU